AUGCAGCCGAGCGAGCUAGCCGACACCGCGCACGCCGCUAGCGGAAACCCCCCGCAGCGUGGCCUCAACGGUGGCCGAUUCGACUUUGAUGAUGGUGGUACAUAUUGUGGCGGUUGGGAAGACGGCAAGGCCCACGGUCACGGUGUGUGUACGGGACCGAAAGGACAGGGUGCGUACGCCGGCUCCUGGCACUUCGGAUUCGAAGUAUCCGGCGUCUACACCUGGCCCAGUGGCAGUUCAUACGAAGGACAAUGGCAGAAUGGCAAACGACACGGUUUGGGUGUGGAAACGCGCGACCGGUGGUUGUACCGGGGCGAGUGGACGCAGGGCUACAAAGGACGAUAUGGCGUCCGGCAGAGCAGCACGAGCAACGCCAAGUACGAGGGCACCUGGGCAAAUGGCCUCCAAGAUGGAUACGGUUCAGAAACAUACGCCGAUGGAGGUGAAAUGUUUGAAUGGUUUGAGGCGGCCCUGUAG